AUGGACUCAAAGUUCAAACUUUCAGAGGUAAAAUCAAGAGAGGACUUCGACGAGAUCACGCGCGUCAUAUGGGAUGCAUUUGAACAUCCCUUGAAUCCCUUCCUGCGAAUCAUGUUCUAUCUUAAAUCCGACGGGCCGGAACAUCGUACCAUAGCGAAGGCAGCUUGUUCGCAAGGUCUAUUUGAGAUACACUCGGGAGAUGCAAGCAGCCGCUGGGUCAAAAUCAACGAGCUAGGUACUGGCAAGAUGACAGCAUGCGCUAAUUGGAACCUCCACGAAACAAACCCAUAUGAGCUCCCGGAAGAUCCUCCGAUUGCUACUUGGUGGCCUGAAGGGGAGGGGAGGAACUUCGCGACGAAGUUUUACACGCAAUGCGUGUCUCACAAACCGACCAUGUACAAUAAACCACAUCUUUAUCUCAACAUUUCGGCCACUAUGCCAACCUUUCAACGAAAAGGUGUGGGCGGCAUGCUUGUGGAAUGGGGUUUGAAGUGGGCUGAUGAGAUGGGUCUUGAGUCUUUUACAGAAGCAACACAAGUAGGAAAACCGCUGUAUGAGCAUUAUGGAUUCUCUGUUAUCGAUGUCAUUACGGUGGAUAAGACGAGCAUGGCUAUUGAGAAUCCAAGCGAAGAGUGGAAAGAGUUGGAAAGGAGGCUGUUGCCCAAUAUACAGUGCGUAUUAGUGAAACAUGAAGACCUCGAAGUUGCUCAUAAUUGA